GUAAUAUGACAGAAAAAUGGACUGUUUACCGCGAUCCCAUAAAUUCAACGCAAAAUCGUGAUAAUAAGGAUACGAAUGGUAUUGCUUCUGACGAUACGAAUGGAGAUCAAGAAAAAUGGGAUUCCGCUUUGAAAUACCGUCAAGCUAAAGCUUUUUGGAUGAGACAUACUGGCCAGCUCAACAUCUCUGCCAGAAAUGCUAAUAAAAAUCGAGCCAAUGCUUCCGAGAGGAAUGAGCAACGCCCGGACAAGAACAAUGACGCCAUUGUAAUUAAGCCAACAAAUACUUCAAAUGAUAGAAAGUCAUUGAAAAGAAGGCCAGAUGCUUUACCGGAUCCACCAAUUGAAAAGCGUCACAAACAGACAACAGUGGAUAGUGAUGACGAUGUUAUGAUUAUUGAAAGAACGCCGGAGAAAACGAACUCAUUUGAGACCCCCGACUCGAUUGACGACGAUAACAUGUCCGAUGAUAUGCGAUGCAGAAAUACAUUUCCAUACAUUCCCGAGUCAAGGACAACUGUGACAAGAAUGGUCCGCUCAGAAGAUGGGAAAGAAUCCAGAAAGCCUUGUAACGAGCAUUUGACAACGAAAUGGCUUCAAACUCAAAUGGAUCACAAUCGCGGAGGAAUCGUCAUUGACGAGAACGUUUUGAACAAACCGCGAAAAGCAUGGCAAGGAGCCUCGUUCUUGUCAUCGAUUUUCGAAUCCUUCCGAAAAUUCAAAAAUUCUGCUGGUCUGUCAUCAGCACUAAUAGUUUGCCCGGAAGCAAAACUAUCGGAGUGGAUGUUGGCGAUUAGACACCAAUUCGACUAUGCCCGAAUUUUCGUACUCCACAAAGCAUCGACAACUGGACACGAAACUGACUACGUUGAGAAAAUCUUUCAGGAUCUUAAAGAAACUAAGAAGAUUCCUUUCGGAGCAGUACUUCUCACCACAUUCGCGGAAUUUGGAAAGCACGAGAAGGCAAUUGUCGAUCAUCAGUGGCAGCUUGUCUAUCUAGAUCAAGGACUAUUUGAGAUGACCAGACAGAUGAGAAACCAGAUUGAAGGGAUGAAAAAGCUAAAAACACCGAAUAGAUUCAUUUUCACUGACACCUCUGUGCGUGACAGAUUGGAAGAAUUGUGGUGGAAUGUCGACUUUGUCUUUCCUGGACGGCUUUCGGAUUACAAGACUUUUCAGACCAACUUCCAGAAUGUUAUUGAGAUAGGCUGCAGGCUGGAUGCAACUCCCGAGGAAGCAAGCACUGCUUAUGAAUGCAUUGUUGCAUUACAUGUUGCGCUGAAACCUCUGAUCUUGAGCAGAUUGAUCAAGAAUCCCAACGAUUGGUUUUGUCGGCGAGAGAUAUCGAAGAAAGAAGUGGAACACAUUAAAGACAUUAUCUGUCCGCUUUCGAAACGCCAACGCCGAUGCUUGAAGAUCUACAAAAGAUCCGACGAGGUUCAAGGCAUUUUGCGCCAAAGUUCUGCCGCUUGCGUGGGUCUCAAGAAGCUUACCGAUAUCUGCGACCACCCGGGAAUCCACAAAGGUGUAACUCCGGAGACGAAAAAAUUCGGAUCAAUUGAAGAUAGUGGGAAGGUUAGGAUAGUGUUCCAGUUGCUUGAUAUGUGGCUCGGCACGCCUGGCGCGAAGGUUGUCAUAUUUACCCAGCGAAGGCAGGUGGCAGUGAUGCUGGAGCACUUCAUGAAGCAGAAAAGAAUUGCAUAUUGCUCAUUUCUCAAAGCGAAAAAUGCUUAUGAUCGCGAGAAUGUUGUGAAUUAUUUUGAGAACACAACUGAUGUCCAAAUACUGCUGGCACCAUCGAUCAUGUUCAAAUUGGGAAUGCAAUUGAAGAAGGCGAAUAAAGUUAUUAUUUUUGAUCCAGAAUGGAAUCCGGAUUCAGAUGUAAAGCAUACGAGAGAGAUGUCUUUCCUCACGAAAAAAGUGGAAGACGUUACCGUAGUCAGACUGGUCUCAGAGGGAACAGUUGAAGAUUCAAGUUAUUUCAAAAAGCUGUGGGAGAGCGGCUUGGCUUCCAGACUUUUAUCUGAUCCCAAGUUCGAGCCAUUUGUCCCGAGAACUACACUGGAAGAGUUUCUUACUGUGAGACCAAAAAUAAAAGCUGGAAAAAACGACAUGCCAGUUGUUAAAUCGCAUAUGAAGAACCGGCUUCUGGAGUAUGAAGACAAGCAGCUUCUCUCUUCAAUCAUUGACACGACUCGCUUAGACACAAUCAGGACCCACUUCACCUCUUUUCAAUAUCACUCUACGACCAGUGACCGGAUUAAAAGCAGAGAUGUUGUGAAUCGGGCCGUCAGAAGUAUUAUACAGAUCGAUAGUCGUCUUGCGCGCUACUGGAGGCAGAUGUAUCAUCAGAUAGUCGAUGAACCGACUUUGGAUCCACCAAAUCCUGAAUUCUACGUGGAGCCAAUGCAGAUAGACCCGUAUUGGGAAGCCGUUCAUCCAAUGGUACCCAGGACUUCUGACCGGGAAGAGCUCAACUUUCUUGUUGCAAUGGCCGUCGAUGUUCGCUCUCAUAUGCUGAAAUGUUACGGUGAAACGGAAAAGAAGCUUCGAGAACUGUUUGUGAGAAAUGCAGACCGUUCAAACCCGAUUCGAAUGUUUUUCAUUUACGAUAUCUUCUGGACGUUUGCCAAGUUUCAUGAAAAUUGGCAAUUAUGGAUCAUUCGUCCAGAGUAUGAAAAUCAAUCUUCGAUACGGCACAGUUUGAGAUACGACUUCUCUUUCCAGCCUGACCGUGAACCCAGAAGAGUGGGGGCCGGAAGCUAUGAAGACUAGAUGGUUGCGGCACUGGAUUGACCAAUAUUUAUGUUGUUAGUCUGAUAUUACUCUGCCUCGAUUUUCGGCUUUUUUCUCAUACACCUAUCCACAUUGUCCCGCUUUUUUCUUUUUCAAGUUCCCAAUUUUCCCAGUGUUUUUAUUUUCCUUAAAACCUGCGAAGUUUGAAUUCAAGUAUCCAUUUUUCUUUAAACCGUGCCCAUUUUUUUAUGACCAAGAGCUCCACUUUUUCCAGUGUUCCACCGCUCAUUUAUUUCUGCUAUUAUCCUUUUCUCAUUUUGACUGCCAUUUUUCAAAUUUGAAAACUUUCAAAUGACCUAUAUUGAUCGUAUUUUCUAGGCUUCCCGUGCCUCAGUACCCACCGGUCAUUUUGAAUGUAUGAUUUUUAAUUAACUAAUUAACUUCUUUGAAUCCACAAACAUUCCUGUUGUUAGUCUCAAUUUCCCUGCAGUUUUGGGAAUUCUCAUUCACUUAUCUACAUUGUCCCGCUUUUUUCUUUUUCAAGUUCCCAAUUUUCCCAGUGUUUUUAUUUUGCCGAAAACCUGCGAAAUUUUAACUCAAAUAUCCACUUUUCUUUAAAAUGUUCCAAUUUUUUAUGGCCAAGAGCUCCAAUUGUUUGAGUACCAGCGGUCUUUGAUUGUGAGUACAUAUUAGUGGCCGAUGAUUUGUAUUUCUCUGUAUGUUUCCUGAUUUUAUAAUUAUCUCCCUUUGACUGAAAUAUUUCAAGUUUGAAAUUUUUGGUAUUGAUCUAAUGAUCGUAUUGUUUCAGGUUUCCCGUGUCCCUGUAGCCACCAGCCAUUUUAUUUUUUCCUGUGUAUAGAAUUUAAUGUAUAUUUCCAGUUCCUCAUAAACAUCUCAAAUUCUCAAGUUAUCAUUAAUUGCCCCCAUCCAUGACAAUAUAUUCUUCCGAUGCUUUAUUGUUUCUUCUCGUCUCUUGAGAUAUUGAUUUUACACGCAUUUUCUGAUGAUAAUUUUUAAGAAUGUAUUUAUUUCCAAUUGAAAUUCAGGAAAUUGUAAUGAAGCU